AUGAAUUUGGUGACAUCCAAUAGACCUAUUACCCUUACUCAGGUUGGCAGCUUCUUCCCAUUUUCUCCUCCAGGACAACAACUGAUAAUCAACAAAAGUAAUAUUAAAUGGAAUCACAAAUUUAAAGAGAUUCCAAAAUCCAUAUGCAGUGAGAGCUGCCCUCCAGGAUACAGAAAGGCUCAAAGGAAAGGACAGCCUGCCUGCUGUUUUGACUGUAUCUUAUGCUCAGGAGAUGAGUUUAGCAAUGAAACAGAUUCCACAAGCUGUAUGAAAUGCCCUAAAGAUAUGUGGACAAAUAAAAUACAUGAUGGCUGCAGGAAAAGAACACUGGAGUUUCUGUCAUAUGAAGAGAUCAUAGGUGGCAGUUUGGCUGCUCUUGCGAUUCUGGGAUCUCUCCUUCCCUUAAUCAUACUGUUUAUCUUCUUAAAGAAUUCUGAUACUCCAGUUGUGAAAGCGAAUAACCGCAAUCUCAGUUACAUCCUUUUGGUUUCUCUGUUUUUCUGUUUUCUGUGUGCUUUAAUGUUCAUUGGUCGUCCCAUUACUAUAACCUGUAUCCUUAGGCAAUUUAUAUUUGGGAUCAGUUUUGUCAUGUGCAUUUCAUGUAUCUUGGGAAAGACAAUGAUGGUGGUGAUCGCCUUCAACCUCACCCAGCCAAGGAGCAACAGGGGAAUGUGGUUGAAUUCUGGAGUAACUAACACCCUGGUGCUUGUGUGCACAGCUAUACAAGUGAUUAUAUGUGCUGGGUGGCUUGCACACUCUCCUCCUUUUGAAUACCAAGACAAUAAAUCUAAGAUGGGCACCAUUAUUGUGGAAUGUAACAAAGGAUCGCCAACAGGUUAUUCAUGUACAAUGGGAUAUAUGGGAUUUUUAUCUGCUUUAUGUUUUGUAGUUGCUUAUUUGGCAAGAAAGUUGCCAGGCAGCUUCAAUGAGGCCAAACUGAUCACCUUUAGUAUGUUGAUAUUUGGAGCUGUUUGGAUCUCCUUCAUCCCAGCCUACCUCAGCACCACAGGGAAGUACAUGGUGGCAGUGGAAAUAUUUGCCAUUUUGUCUUCAAGCAGUGGAUUAUUGGCAUGUAUAUUUUUACCCAAGGUCUACAUUAUUAUUCUGAGACCAGAAAUAAAUAAGAUACGAAGAAAUGAUCAGUCUUUAAUAUUAUACUGA